AUGAAGAAACGUAGACCAUUCAUUAAAAGGGGAGGCCCUGGUACGUACAGUUACGCAUUAAAUACACAACACAAGCACUUAGGAGUGAGGUCAAGACCCCUUCCACAGUUUAGGCGACCCAGAGUUAACUCCCUCAACCAACUAAUGGAGAGAGGAGACGAACCACCUAGCUUAGCUAACAAGCUACAUACAUUUGCUCAACAGAAACAUCGUGAAGAGGUCACGUGCCACUCAAGUGGCGAGAGUGAGAGGGCCACUUAG